UGCUAUGAGGAGUUCAUCCGUUGCUCCCCCCUGGACCCCUGCAUCCUCUUCCAUGAAGGUGGACACUGGCGGGAGCUUGUGGUACGCACCACCAGCCAUGGCCACACCAUGGCUAUCAUCACCUUCCACCCUCAGGCACUGGGCCAGGAGGCACUGGCUGCUCAGAAAGCAUUGCUUAAGGAGUUCUUCACAUGUGGACCUGGAACAGUCUGUGCCUUGACUUCACUUUAUUUCCAAGAGAGCACCAUGACGCGCUGCUCCCACGAGCAGUCCCCCUUCCAGCUCCUUCAUGGAGAACCGCACAUCUUUGAAGAAGUGCUCGGCCUGAAGUUUCGCAUCUCUCCAGAUGCCUUUUUCCAAGUAAACACGAGUGGAGCAGAAGUUCUGUACCAGGCAGUCAGGGAGCUGAGUCAGGCUGGUGGGGACACCGUCCUCCUCGACAUCUGCUGUGGAACAGGCACAAUUGGUCUCUCUCUGGCUCACCAGUUGUCCAAGAUUAUUGGUAUUGAGGUUGUGGAGAAGGCAAUAGAGGAUGCCAGGUGGAACGCAGCAUACAAUGGAAUUUCAAACUCUGAAUUUCACAGUGGAAGAGCAGAGGUCGUGUUGCCGCAACUCCUGUCAUCGUGGGAAGAUGCCCAACCUGUUGUUGCUGUGGUGAACCCAUCUCGGGCUGGGCUCCAUUACAGGGUUGUGCGAGCCAUCCGAAACUGCAAGUCCAUCCGAAGACUGCUCUACCUCUCCUGCAAGCCAGAGGGUGAAGCCAUGAGGAACUUUCUUGAGCUGUGCUGCCCACCUGACCCAGGGAAGAAGCUGGCAGGAGAGCCAUUUGCCCCCACGUUGGCUAUACCUUUUGACAUGUUUCCUCAUACUGUUCAUUGUGAGCUGAUGCUGCUGUUCACCCGCUGA